AACAUUAAACACAAGACAGUACCAUCAAAAUUUGGAACACAAAGCCAACUUAGAAGAAACCUUUUUAUAUGUAUUGGGGAGUGAUGGCAGGGAACAUGGGGUGGGGUGUCAUAGAAGAAGAGAGUUGGAGGAAGGGUCCUUGGACUGCUGAGGAGGACAGAUUGCUCAUUCAAUAUGUCAGGUUGCAUGGUGAAGGCAGAUGGAACUCUGUUGCUACCCUUGCAGGGCUGAAGAGAAAUGGGAAGAGCUGCAGGUUGAGAUGGGUGAAUUACCUGAGACCAGACCUCAAGAAGGGUCAGAUAACACCACAAGAAGAGAGCAUAAUUCAAGAGCUGCAUGCUAGGUGGGGAAACAGGUGGUCAACAAUUGCAAGAAGCUUGCCAGGAAGAACUGAUAAUGAGAUUAAGAAUUAUUGGAGGACUCAUUUCAAGAAAAAGGCUAAAAGCCCCUCUGAUGCUGGUGAGAAGGCCAAAAUUCGUUCCUCAAGGAAGCAGCAAUUUCAACAGCAACAACUGCAGUUGAAGCAGCAGCAGGUUCAGCAACAGCAACAAGUGCAAUUCAACUUUGACAUGAAAGGGAUCAUAAAUUUGCUUGAGGAAAAUGACCAUAGAGUGCCAUCUAUAUCUCAAGAGACACAAGAAAUGGUUAACAUGUAUCCAAACACUACUUCAGAACAGCAGGGCUACUUGAACUCUAUGUUCAAUGUUGUCAAUUACAAUAAUGUCUCUGCACCAGAGUCCUCAGAUGAAGAAAUAUUUUGGGAUGAUGGGCUGUGGAAUUUGGACGAUGUUCUUUUCAAUUUCAAUGCUGCUAGUGCCACCAGCAAAGCCAGUUUAUACAAUUUAGCUGCUCCUUUCUGUUAAAGCUUUUGUUUAGCCUUGAAUUCUGGUAGGAAGAAUAGAAUAGUACUAGAAAUGUGAGUCACGGCUUGAUAAGGCUACAAAAUCCUGGAGCUUAUAGAGUUAGGAUUAAUUGUUUCAUAAAGUGUGGAGUUCAGGGUAGUGAGUCAUAUUCUGAAGGCGGGUUGUUGUAUAACCCGUUAAUAAAGUGUCUCAAUUUUGCUUAUAAACUCUGAAAUGUGCUUUCCUCUUUUGCUUUAA